AUGGCUCUUGGAUAUCACAACGUGAACGCCACUAGCCACCUUAUGAAGGUCGUAGUCCAAAUUAUGUCAUUCAUGCUGUGUACUCCAUGCGGCCCUAUGGUAUGUUACAAAUAUGAAGAUUGCGGUCCUCCGAAAAAAAAGUCGGCCGAUGGAAACAGCGGAGCGGAGGAGGGUGGCUCCAAAAAAAAGGAUGAAAACGAAAAUCAGUUAAAGAGAACUAAAAGCCGUGAAUUGCGAGGUGGGAUUAUGUAUUACAGCUGCCACUGCAUCAAGCGUAACGGCUUGCAACACGAUUGUCGGCGAACAGGUUGCAGCGGUGAGCCGACCUGCCUUGCAUUACCGGACCCCUUAUGCGCACCCAGUCAAUUAGCUCGCGCCAGGGGCCUGGCUGACCCUGCGGCACUGUCUGCGCAUUUACAAAAUCAAGAAGGAAGUUCGUCUGGUCGGGCUGAAGUCUCCGGCUCCACUGGCGGGAACAGGUUUAUUGUCUGCGAAUUAAAAGGCAUCGUCCCCGGAACCUCUGCAGAUACAUCUGAAAAAUGCUGUAAGUGUCCUAAUUUAGUGGCUACGCAAGUAUCCAAGAGCGAAAAAGGCUCUAAUUCUUGUGUUUGCAAAGAUAAUUCUUGUAAAAAAUCGCCUAGCGAUGUAAAAGGCGGUGCAGGAUCUGUAUUUAAGUUUGACGAAAAUACUUUAAAUUCAAUCUUAAAAAGCUUUGAGAAAAAAGAGCUCAUAUCUAAAGGUACGACAGGACAUGCUCGAGAACUUAAGGAAAGAGAAGGCCCAUGUACAAGACCGGGCUGUAUACAUCGGAAACCGCCUCCACCAUGCCUUUGGAAUGCUCCUUGUAAAGCAGAUUGCUUCGAAACAUCGCCUAAUAAUCAAGCGGGACAUAAUCAACUAAGAGACGAUGGUGGAAUAACUACAGAUUCUAAAUCUUCGAAGACCGAUAGACCACCUCUCCAUUCGCUUACAAUGAAACUUUUGAAUCCCACAGGUUGUUCUUCUGGUGAAGAUGGUGCAACAGGUAGCAAUGGACCACUAUCCGGCUUGCCAGUGCUGUUGAUGAAGCUGUGCUAA